GAUGCGUUACUUGGCGUGCUACAAAGGGAAUGCAAGGGUGGCACUCUGAGUUUCUCACGCAACCACACCAUACCAUACUGUGUGCGUAGCAUGGCCAAUGCGCGUGUUCAUCUUCAUCAUCAUCCUCAUCCUCGUCUUUGGUCUUUUUAUAUUUCCUUUCCAUGAAUGCCAUAAAAUAUCCCCACCCCAGCAUAAGCGACCAUGAGGCCUAUAUAAACAUCUAAUAUUUGAAUUGGAAUCCAAAGUUCAAAACAAAAAAUUAAAACAAAACUAAUAUCUACUAUACAGAUAUAAAACAACUCUAGCAUGUAUAAAUAAAAAAGAAGGAUGUGGCUAGAUCUCAGUCGACUGAGACUUAACCAAGUCUCAAUCAUACGACACAACAUAUAAAAUAAAGAACGAAAAAAUUAAAAAAAAGUUUUGAACGGAUCUUCAUGUAAGAUCUCACAAAUAUAGAAUCGUUAAGUCUCAGUCGAUUGAGAUUUAGCAACCCCGAAAAAAGAAACAAUAUUAUGUAUGCGUGUAUACCUAUUAUCUACUCUACACAUACGAAAGACAAAACAAAAGCCAAAUGGCCAUGUGUAGAAAUAGUAUAUGGAACAAUAGAAUAUGGUGCGGUUGAUGUAUGCACUGGCUAGCUUAGCCACACUCACACUCGAUCCUCCAGCUCCUCUCCUCAUCUUCCUAUAUAACACACGCACUUGCCUCUGCUGCUCCUCUACCUACCUAUACUGCCUCCAUUUCCACACAGCCUUUAGCUAAUUAAGCUACCACUUUUCCUAGCUAAGCAUCUUCUUGAGUUGUCCGUGGUGAUCGGAUGGACAGCGCGAGGAGCUGUCUCGUGGACGACGUGAGCAGCGGCGCGUCCACGGGCAAGAAGGCCUCUCCGGCGCCGGCCGCGCCGGCGACCAAGCCGCUGCAGCGCGUCGGCAGCGGGGCCAGCGCGGUCAUGGACGCGCCGGAGCCCGGCGCCGAGGCGGACUCCGGCCGUGGCGGGCGGCUGCCGUCGUCCAAGUACAAGGGCGUGGUGCCGCAGCCCAACGGGCGGUGGGGUGCGCAGAUCUACGAGCGCCACCAGCGCGUCUGGCUCGGCACUUUCACGGGCGAGGCCGAGGCUGCGCGCGCCUACGACACGGCGGCGCAGCGCUUCCGCGGCCGCGAUGCAGUCACCAACUUCCGCCCGCUCGCCGAGUCCGAACCGGAGGACGCCGCCGAGCUCCGCUUCCUCGCCGCCCGCUCCAAGGCCGAGGUCGUGGACAUGCUGCGCAAGCACAUCUACCCCGACGAGCUGGCGCAGCACAAGCGCGCCUUCUUCGCCUCAGCGUCGUCGUCCCCUACGUCGUCGUCGUCAGCUCCCGCGUCGUCGGCUCCUUCAGCCGCGGCGCCUUCCGCGGCGACGCGGCGCGAGCACCUGUUCGACAAGACGGCCACGCCGAGCGACGUGGGGAAGCUGAACCGGCUGGUUAUCCCCAAGCAGCACGCCGAGAAGCACUUCCCGCUGCAGCUUCCUUCUUCCAGCGCCGCCGUGCCAGGCGAGUGCAAGGGCGUGCUGCUCAACUUCGAUGACGCGGUCGGAAAGACGUGGAGGUUCCGGUACUCUUACUGGAACAGCAGCCAGAGCUACGUGCUCACAAUGGGGUGGAGCCGCUUCGUCAAGGAGAAGGGCCUGCACGCCGGCGACGCGGUUGGGUUCUACCGCUCCGCCUCCGGCAACAAUCAGCUCUUCAUCGACUGCAAGCUCCGGUCCAAGACCACGACGACGACGACGACCUUCCUUAACGCGGUGGCCGCCCCGUCGGCGGCACCGGUGACGAGGACCGUGCGACUCUUCGGCGUCGACCUUCCCACGGCACCGGCGCCCGAGCGCGAGGAGUACGGCAUGACCAAGACAAACAAGAAAUCCAUGGACGCCAGCGUAGCGGCGCCCACUCCGGUGCACGCGGUCUGGAAGAAGCGGUGCGUAGACUUCGCGCUGACCUAUAGACAUGCCACCACCUCACAGUGCCCGAGGUCAAGAGAUCAACUAGAAGGAGUACAAGGAGCAGGGAGCACAUUUGCGCUAUAGACUUGUCACCACUCGCCACACAGACACGCCCGGGGUCAAAAUAUCAGCUGGAAUCAGGAGCGUAAAUACUCUCAUUCACGUAAUAGUAAUGGGAAAGUAGUAUAUGUAGCGGGUUUUUGUUUUUUCGAAAAAAGUUCCGAUAUGUCCAUCAAACUUAGUAUAAUAGUUUAGCUAAGUAGCAGUCGUCUGAGACUUGUUUAUGUCUCACUUGAUGCAAUAUUCGUUCGACCUUGCGUGUGGAGGUCCGUGCAAAAAAUAUUGUUUAACUUUUUUCUUUUUUCUUUUUUCCUAUUAUAUACUACGUCAUUUGAUUGGGACUUGUUUAAAUCUCAGUCGACUGAGACCUAGUCACACCCUUACUAUAAAGAACAAAAACAUCAAAAGUAAUGGGAGUUGCAUCCGGACUAGUAGACUACCUAGCGGCGACUAUAAGCACUGAAGCAAAUUGAAGGCGUGCCGCCGUUAUCUUCUCUCCCUCACCAUAGCUGGGCAAACCUUAUCGUAGUAUAAAUAAUCGGGAGGUUUUUGUGCUAAGGACUCAAGGGGCCAGUGCAUCCAAUUAGUAACGAUCGAUGAUGAACAGAAGCGUUAAUCGGAAGGAUCUAACAUGUAGACAUACGAACACCAUACAAAUGAAGGCCAAAUCCAACACUACUUGUUGCCGGGCUGGCUCAGUAGUACCCUCGGGCGCAUUCAUUCGUUCUUCAUUGGUUCUUUGUUCAUUUUUUUGCUUUCUUUUGUUUAUAUUUUGUGAAAUUUUAUAAAUACACGUAUUCCGAAAUUAAAUAAAACUUUUUCCAUUCAUUAGAAAAAUGUUUAGUCAUUGGAACAUUGCUUGCGUAACUUAGAAAAAAAUUCCACUCUUCAG